AUGGCUGACAAUCUAGUCGGCGACACGGACUUGCCUGUCCCUGAUGGCAUUGACUUUCAUCACCCUUAUACGCCCUAUGAUGUACAGACUGACUUCAUGAAAGCCGCUUACAGCGUGCUACAACGUGGUAAUGGACAGGUCGGCAUUCUGGAGAGUCCGACGGGCACCGGCAAAUCUCUCUCCCUGAUAUGCGCCUCGUUGACAUGGCUUCGGAAUCAGCGUGUCGAGGAGCACGAGGCAUCUCUCAGAGUCAACUUGGACGACUUCAAGGAUGAGCCGGAUUGGAUCGUGGAGCAAAUGUUGCGACGCAAGAGAGAGGAGCUAGCUCGGACUUGGGAGGAGCGAGAGAAGAAACUGGAGCAGAUCCGUCAGAGAGAGAAGGACAUUGAGGCCCGCAGCGCCAAGCGACGCCGUUUCGAUGAAGGGCCCUCGAGGUCGAGGCUCCGUGAUACUGACGAAGACGAUGAGUGGCUGCUUGAUGAACCAGAUGCAUCUGGCCCAGGCGACGGAGACGCCAUGAGCGGUCUCAGCAAGGAGACCAAGGACAUCCUGACAAAGUUCGGUCUGGGGAAUCUCAGAACGGACCAAGAGGAGGACCAAGUCGCGGACGGGAUCAAGAUAUACUAUACGUCAAGAACGCAUUCUCAACUCACACAAUUCAUCCAUGAACUGCGCCGGCCCACAUUUCCGUCGUCCAUACCGUCCUCAAUCGUGCAAGGUCAAAGUGAAGACGAGCAGCUCGCCAAAGAGCCAGUCAAACACCUGCCCCUAUCAUCACGCCAAAAGCUGUGCAUCAACCCGUCUGUGGCACGCCUAGGCAGUCUCUCAGCCAUCAACGACCGGUGCUCGGAGCUCCAGAAACCAAAAUCGAAGGACAAGUGCCCUUACACGCUGAAGGAAGACAACAUAGCCCAGACGCACCAGUUCAGGGACACUGCCCACGCCACCCUGCCUGAUAUCGAGGAUCUGUAUCAUCUCGGCAAGAAGCUGUCCGUGUGCCCGUACUACGCUUCACGAGCGGCAAUCGCGGGCGCCGAGAUUGUCACUCUGCCCUACCCCUUGCUCCUGCAGAAGAACGCGCGAGACGCUCUUGGCAUCAAGCUGGAGGGCAACGUUGUGAUUGUCGACGAGGCGCACAAUAUCAUGGACGCGGUGGCCAAUGUCUAUGCGUCCGAGGUCAAGUUGAGCGAAUUGAGACGGGCGCGGCAGAUGCUCGGCGUCUACGUUAAGAGAUUUGGCAAGAAGCUGAAGGGAGAGAACCGUGUCAUGGUCGGACAGGUGGGCAGGGUAAUUGAAGGUCUCAGCGAGUGGAUGGACGGGCAAUCGAAGCUCAAGAGUACUCAAGGCAUCGUGGACUCCAAAAUCCUCCUCCGCUGCAAAGGCGUGGAUCAGAUCAACUUGUUCAGGUUGAUCCAGUAUAUCCAAGAGUCGAAGCUGGCAUACAAGAUCGAGAGUUACGUGGCACAUGUCGAAGAGGAAGCGGCUGACGCCAGCCGUGGCAAGGCACCUCCGAGAUCAUCCACGCCAGUCCUCCAUAUCCUUUCCUCCUUUCUCAUCUCUCUUACCAACCUCAGUUCCGAGGGCCGCAUAUUCUACGAAAAGCCGGCGACUGAUCCGUCAGACAUACAGCUCUCGUACCUUCUGCUAUCCCCAACCCACGCGUUCUCGUCAAUCGCGACGAGUGCCAGAGCCGUCAUCCUUGCAGGCGGCACCAUGUCUCCUUUUGACGACUACAAGUCGCAUCUUUUCCCAUAUCUACCGGAAUCGAAGCUCACGACACUCAGCUGCGGCCACGUCAUUCCACCGUCAAACCUAUGCGUAUGGACCUUGGCAGGGUCGCAACCGGGUCCUAGUCGGUCCAUCGAUGCUACUUAUGAAUUCAGCUUCCAACGAAGGGGCGACACGGCGAUGAAGAGCAACCUUGGGUUGACCAUCUUCAACAUGUGCAAUGUCGUUCCCGAUGGCGUCGUCGUGUUUUUCCCUAGCUACGGAUAUUUGGAGGAAGUGGUCGCUGCGUGGAAGAGUCCGAAUUCAAAGGGCGCCACGUCGCUUUGGGAUCGAAUUCAGCAGAGAAAGCAAAUCUUCAGCGAGACUCGCGGCGGCUCCAGCGACGAGGUGCUGGAGGCGUACAGCCAGGUCAUCUUGGGUGACGGCAGUGAUUCGAGACCGGGGGCGGCAGCCAAGCCUCGCGGCGCUCUGCUGCUAAGCGUCGUUGGCGGUAAGAUGAGCGAGGGCAUCAACUUUUCGGACCGCCUGGGCCGCUGCGUUGUCAUUGUGGGCCUGCCGUACCCUAACAUCAACUCUCCCGAGUGGAAGGCCAAGACGGAGUACAUCGAGACUACGACCGUCCAGCGACUGACAGACCCGUCGGGAACUACGAAGAUGCCGAGAGACGAGGCACUGGCGGUCGCGAAGCAGACGGCCAGGGACUUUUACGAGAACGCGUGCAUGAGGGCCGUGAACCAGAGUAUCGGCCGGGCCAUCCGGCAUCAGGGGGACUAUGCGGCCAUUGUACUCGUAGAUCGCAGGUAUGGGACGGACAGGAUCCGGGGGAAACUUCCAGGUUGGAUUCGGGGUGGUUUGAAUGGCGAUAGCCAUGAAAAAGGGCUGCCGCAGCUGAUGGGCGCGCUCAGCGGGUUCUUUCGAUUGAAGCGGACGGGAGUGUCAUAG